AGCUUCUGCUAAAAUCAUCCUUAACAACGGGCACUCCACCAGUGUGGAGUUUGAUGACACCGUCAACAAAUCAGGUUCAUUCCAACCGAUCGCUCAAAUCUCUAACCUGAAUUUAGCUGCAGGUUUGGUUAUAUGUUUUUCCCCUUUUUGCAACCUAUACUCAGACUUCUUAUGUCAAGUAAGAGCCAAUAUGGAACAACUGAAAUAGAUCCCAAGUAAUCCCUUUUCUUCUCUGAAAAGUAUUAUUGCCCCAGUCUUUUCCACGGGUAUGUAGCUUCCCUUUUUGAAAACAAUAAUUCUUAUUUAGAAGUUCUCUGGUUUAUCAUAGUCUUUGAAUUGUUAGUGCCUUCAUCUUUGAAACCUUCUCUUGGAUUUUGGGCAAGCCAGCAUGCCUUCCUUUGAAGCUGUAGGAGUGCAGAAUCUUCAAGCAAUAAAAUCAUUUUGUGGCUGUGUGAGGCUUAGCUGAGGAUCCAAGACCAUAUGAUGCUUUCACAAGAAUCAAAGCCUGAGCAACACUAAUUUUUGAUGACCCGUUAGUCCUGAGGACUUACUAGUGACAAUAGGGAGAGACAUAGGUGGACACACUGUCAUGUUUUUGUUUCCUGAACAGUCUUAGUUUUAAACUUUCUGUCAAUAUUUGAUGUUGCAUGAAAGCCACCAGCUGACCGUCAAUGAUCGGUCUGACCUUGUGUCAGAUGCCACGGAACUUCCCAGAAUUAAUUCCUGCUUCGAGCCUAGUAGAUGCUGGUGAACUAAAGCACAUCUCUUAGAAAAAUAUACACUCUUGAUUUCAAAUUUUCCAGCGAUGGUGAACCUACCACAACCUUUGGUCAUUGUUCAAAAAAUACUGAAUUUUCUAGGGCCCAAAUUUGGCUUCUGGGGCACCUCUGUGAAUGCUGACUGGGGGGCCGCUCAGCGGGACCUACAGGCUGCGCCAGAUUCACUUCCACUGGGGGUCCAAUGAUGAGGCCGGCUCUGAGCACACGGUGGACGGGAUGAAGUAUGCGGCAGAGCUUCAUGUGGUCCAUUGGAAUGCAGAGAAGUAUUCCAGUUUUGUUGAGGCAGCUUCUCAGUCAGAUGGACUAGCAGUCAUGGCUGUAUUUCUGAAGAUUGGUGAAUGCAACCCUCAGCUGAACAAGAUUACUGACCGCUUGGACACCAUCAGAAUCAAGGGAAAAAAAGCACUAUUCACAAACUUUGAUCCCAGCUGUCUGCUUCCCAAGUCCCUGGACUACUGGACUUACUUUGGCUCUCUCACUGUUCCACCUCUUCUUGAGAGCGUCAUUUGGAUUGUUCUGAGAGAGCCCAUAAGUGUUUGCUCUGAACAGCUGGCCAAAUUCCGCAGCCUCCUGAGCACUGCUGAGGAUGAGGUUGCCUGCUGCUUGCUGAGAAACUUCCGGCCUCCCCAGCCUCUAAGGGGACGAGAAGUCAGAAGGAAUUAAAGGAGUAAAUCCAAAGUAGCCUCCCUCUGAAACCAAAGGCUGAAUUCAUUUUAAUAGUUAAUAUACUUUGUGAUUUUAUUUUUUUUCUUUUCUUUUUUUAGGGUUUUUUUUUGUGAGUUGUUUUAACAAAUAGCUGUUGUUUUUUAGUAGUUUAGUAGUUUACCAUGCAGUCAGUUCUCACAGGUAUAUCUGGAGAUGUCACAGGGUCAUUGAUGUUAACAGGUCUGACUGGGUUUGAAUGCAUUGGCUUGGAAGCAGUGAGCCAUCAGCAUUGCCUACACAGAGGUCACUGCUAAUCAUAAGGGUCAAACGUGGUGAAGGAGUUGCCCAGAUUUUGUCACCAAAUUACUGAACAGGAUCCCUGGUAUUAUUGACAGUACAGGAUAUUCUGGGAUUAUUCUUCUGGUCUCUAACAUAAUAUUUAGCUUCUUUAUAAACCUCACACUGCAGUUCUCAAGGAAAAAAUAUUUCAAGGAUGAUGUAAUUUCACUGCUGACUUUUGCAAUACCAUGAUUACUUUCCUACAAAAAGCAGUAAUGACUAGCAACAUUUAAGUAAAACAGAUAUUUACAUGAGCCUGUUAUUCUGGCUGCUUCAUAGCAGUAAUCAUCUACUGAUUGAUUUUUUUCUUUUUUUAAAGCAAAUAGUGAGGAUUUUGUAUAUUGCAAGAUCAUGUCAGGUAGAAUAGGUAUUCCUGAAUUUCACAAUGUGACAAGAUGAAAUUGUCCUGAAACCUGAAAACUGCAAGGUGAAAGGGCAUAGAGGAAGCUGUUUCUUCCUAAAUCCUGUUUGUUGCAUUGGCUGAAAAAUAAGGGAUUAUUACACUAUAUCCAUGUAGUGUCAGACUUUGUGACUUAAAAUCAAGAGGCAGGGGUAGCUGUUGUUCCAGACUGUUGGACACUGCAGUGUGAACCAUGUGCUGCUUGCCUCUCAUCUCACUGUGGAGCACAGUAUUACCCAGGUAUAGAAUGUCUCAAGGUGCUGGCUGAUGUUCUGCUCUCAUAGCUGAACUUCAGUGAUUACACUUAUAUUCCAAGACCAAAGAGAAUAGUCAGAGAGCCAAAGAUAUUGGAAUCAAGUCAACAUCUAAUGAAAAGCUGAGCCCUCAAUAGCAAUAUAUUGAAACGUCUGGCUUUAUGAGUUGACUUGAGCCUGUGUUUCUCUCAGGAGCUUUUUUAAUCUGAAUAUAAUUGGGGGUUUUACACCAAAUAUUUUUAUUACUGAACAUUCCAUAGGAUGUACCUUAGGAUAGAAUUAGAUUUACUCUGAGCUAAGCUCUGAGAAUUACAUAUUGAAACCCCCUGAUACCUGAAAGAGGCAGCUAGAGGUUUUACUGGCAGCAACUAACACCAAUCACUGUAGUACUUCUGACAAAUUCAUCUUCCAUGACUGCUCUCCUUGAAUUCAUUUUAAAGUAGGUUUUAUAUGCUCUGCCUUUUACCUCAAUGGGUCAUUUGAACUUAGAUGAACAAACCUGAGGGAAAUCACAAUCAGGAUUGACUUUAUAUGCUGUUUUAGAACAAUAAAUUAGACACAGAUAUAUAUUUUAUCUUAGUUUAAGAUAUGUGGACUUUUUUGUUUUCUCCUCCCCAGAAUAUAGCUAUUAUAUCCUACAAGGCCUACCAACACCUUUUGAGUAUUUUUUGAAGAAAAGAUCACAAACAGACCAUUGGAGAAAUAAAAGGCCUUUAGCAGCACUAAAAAGAAAAAUGGGAAUGUGUUGUAUGUUUUCACUCCUUUUUUAGACUUAGGAUUUGAUCUCAUAUGUUUCCCUGUUAUGUGAGUAGCUACAGAAUGUGGAAAAAAAUGUUUACAAGUUGCAAGAAGGAUACAAAGGAUAUGUUUGUCUCAGAAGAGAAAGGAAUAAGGCUACUGCUUCAUAUCAUAAACAAGUUUUACAUAUUUCUUACAUAUUGUAAACAGUGGAGUUGAUUCAAUUCUUUUAUAUUUAUAAGGAUUUUAUCAAAAUAAAAUAUGGAUUUUAUGAAUGUG